CCUUUCCUCUGCCUCCUCCUCUCCCUGAGACAGGAAUGUUGAUUUCUCAUCACCUGUCUGAAUCUGUCCUCAUGUCACUUGCAUAUAUGGACAAGUUAGAAUGGCAACUUGUGACGUUGUGCUGCUAAAAACAGCUCCAGCUUCCUUCAGCUCUUUGUUUUAACUAAUGUCCUUCAGUUAAAGAAAUCCAAAGGACAUUUGAUCACACAAGCCGUGGAAUUAUUUCAAAGAAACUAACCGGGAAGCCGAUCAACAUAUUCUGGACAUAUGUAACUUGGAACAGCUAGGAGAUGAGCACUUCUUUGAAUUAUAAGUCCUUUUCCAAAGAGCAGCAAACCAUGGAUAACUUGGAGAAACAACUUAUUUGCCCCAUUUGUUUAGAGAUGUUUACUAAACCUGUGGUCAUCCUUCCCUGUCAGCAUAACCUAUGUAGAAAAUGUGCCAGUGAUAUUUUCCAGGCCUCUAACCCAUAUCUGCCAACAAGAGGAGGCACCACAGUGGCAUCAGGUGGUCGAUUUCGUUGUCCCUCCUGCAGACAUGAAGUGGUUCUGGACAGACAUGGUGUGUAUGGACUCCAAAGAAACCUAUUAGUGGAAAAUAUCAUUGACAUAUAUAAGCAGGAGUCCACCAGACCUGAAAGAAAAUCUGAGCAGCCAAUGUGUGAAGAGCAUGAGGAUGAGAAAAUUAAUAUCUAUUGUUUAAACUGUGAAAUACCCACAUGUUCAAUGUGCAAAGUUUUUGGUGCCCAUAAAGACUGCCAGGUUGCUCCUCUAAAAAACGUUUACCAACGACAAAAGUCUGAACUCAGUGAUGGCAUUGCAGUGCUCGUGGGCACUAAUGACAGAGUGCAAGGAAUAGUAGGGCAGCUAGAGGAAACCUGCAGGACAGUAGAGGAAAGCUGCAGAAGACAGAAAGAGCAACUGUGUGAAAAAUUUGAUUAUCUGUAUGCAAUACUGGAAGAAAGGAAAAAUGAGAUGACACAAAUAAUCACUAGAAACCAAGAGGAGAAACUGGAACACGUCCGCUCCCUGAUGAAAAAGUAUGCAGAUCACUUGGAGACAGUGUCUAAGCUAGUUGAAUCAGGAAUCCAGUUCAUGGAAGAACCAGAAAUGGCAGUGUUUUUGCAGAAUGCCAAAACAUUGCUACAAAAAAUUACUGAAGCAUCCAAAGCAUUUCAGAUGGAAAAAAUAGAGCCUGGCUAUGAAAAUAUGAGCCAUUUCACAGUCAACCUCAAUAGAGAAGAAAAGAUAAUAAGAGAAAUUGACUUUUACAGAGAGGAGGAGGGUGAUGAGGAAGAUGAGGAUGUGAUGGAGGGUGAAGAGUUUGAUGAAGUCCGCACAGAGUCAUCUGGUGAGGAGGAAGAGGUAACUGACAAAGUAUCCCAGCAAUCUCAGCUGGCCUCAGAAACCAAGAGCACAACAGGAGGCUCUCAGACUGAACCAGCCACAUCAUUACCACCAGAUGCACCAGUUAGUCAGGGUGAGGUUGUGCCAAGUGGUGCUCAACAGACUGCAGAGUCUGACACUCAAAUGCCGUCAACAGCAGAAACCUUCGAUCCCUUGUUUUACCCUAGUUGGUAUAAGGCCAAAUCACAGCAAGCAAGCAGCUCAAGUCUGACCCAAAUAAGUGAUGGGUUGGGCCAAGUAGAGCCUUCUGUUUCUCUGGAAAUGAAUGUAAAGAAGGCAGAAACUACAGAAGCAGCAACAAGCAAUGAGCGUGCACCUGGGAGUGGUAAAGAAACUAGCACAACUGCAGCUACUUCCCAGAACUAUUACAAAGAAUUAGGGCCCUAUCCUCCACUGCACAGUCAGACUGGGUCUGAACCAGCCCCUCAAGGACAAGUGGAAGAUGUUCCAGUGAGCAGUGAAAGAGCUGAUGAGCCGGCUCGUCAUGUCUUCUCUUUCUCCUGGUUAAACUCACUGAAUGAAUGAUGACUAUCAUUCCAGCUGGCUUAUCUGAGUGGAUCUAUGAGGCACCGACUGAUCUGGCUGGAUCCAACAAAACAUAGUGCAAAUAAUGAACAUCUUGAUCAGAUUUAAUUCCAAGGCCCUGAUUUGAAUUCCAUUAUACUGUAUCUGAUAGGUUUAGAUUAGAGUGAUGUUUGGAAGUAGCUGAAUAAAGGGAGUGGGAAAGCUGGACUAAUAGAUGUCUUGAUGAAAUACUGUGCUAAAAAUAACUGUGUUCAAGUAAAACCUGUUUCAAAAAGAAGAAUGUUGAACAGAAGCUUCUUGCUAUAAUUACAGUUUAAAUGAAUGAGCACUGUGAUUGUUGGUAGCCAGUCUGAAUGUCCUGUUGUAUUUUUGUAAGUGCUUGCCCAACUCUGUUAGUUGAAAUAUGACUAAUGGCAUUUUGUCAAUGAAACGAUGACCCCCCCUCAUUGUUGCUCAAUACUCCAGGUGGAGUAAUUCCAUCUUUUCAACCUACUGCAAACUCUUGUGGCAAACCUUUGAUGAAAGCCACAGCAUUCAAAGGUAAGUCUAAAACUCCACUGGAUGCACUCACUGUGCAGAAUGAGUGCAACACUUGUAGUGCUACUACAGACUGAUGUGCAAUAGCUGAGCAUAAAUAGGGAUGGCAAAAGAAGCAUUUCACCCUUCAAUUUGUAUUUUCCAGCUGUGGUUGAUACAUCACAAUGAAUAACACUCAAACAUUAUUUUCUGUUAAAUUUUAUAUACCUGUAGAUAAUAAAGGCAUAGCUAUAGGAUACAGUGUAUUGGAACCCUUCCUGAAUUAUAUGGGAUAUGGAUCUCUGUGUGGUGUAUUAUCUGUACUUCCCCAAAGGGCAGGGAGAGGAUUCUGAAUGACUGUUUCAACUUGUGCCGAUCCAUAUGCAUAUUUGAUCUAUACCUUCAUCUUCUCAUCUUCCUUUAAUACAUUAAAUCAACAUUCCCUUUUAUCGUUUUGAGCAAUUUGACAGUAAAAGGGCAAGACCUUUCAAACCAGAAAUGACCAUUCUGGGCUGAACUGUGAUGAGUUUAUUGCAAAUAUCUGUUAAAGAUUGCAUUGAAAUAGAUUAUAGGCUCAUGAAAAAGGCUACCACAGUGUGGCCUGACCUGCACUCUGUGUACUACAGUUAUUCAAUUAUUUAACAAAUCUGAUUACAUACACUGACAUGCCUUUUAUAAUGAUGAGCAGAUUGAAAUUACUCUUCAUUCUAAAGGUAAAAUCCUGGGAGUUUUCCCGCUGACUUGCUUGGAGUCAGGAUUUCACUCUCUAAGGACAGUUAGAAAAAUGGUUACAGAAUUGAAUAGUGAGUAUUUCCUAAUGGGUGCUGGCUGGCAUCAUGGUGAAAAGGCUUUUCCAAAACCUGUUGAAGUUGAAGAUUCCCAUUGAUUUCAAUGGGCUUUGGAUCAGGCUCUGAAUACAUAGCUAUUGUAGUACCAUGAAGACAUGCAAUUUUUGUCAUGGUACCAUAGUCCAUAGUGUGAAACAGUUGAUUAAUGAAAGCUAGAAGGCAGGGUAGUCUAAGUUUUGAUAACAGCUUGAUAUUUAGUCUUUGGGAAGCCACUUACCAUCUAUGUUGUUUCUGGUUUUUUCCUCAUAUAAAACGGGGCUGUUCAGGAUGGGUUUAAGGAUCAAUUAGCUAAUAUUUGUACAGGGCUUUGAAAUAACAAAGUGCAUGUUAAGUGUUAACAAAUAUCUGCUCUGAACAGAAGUAACAUUCAUUACCACAUCUAGUUGUGGUCCCCUCCCCAAGAUUUUAUUCUUCCUUUUUUUUCUUCAAUAAAUUCCUAAUGAAUA